UAGUCACUCAUUACAUUCAAUGAAUCCAAAUCUGCACCUGCGUGUUACGUAUUGACCUUGGAUGCCCUUGUGUAAGAACGUAGCGACGUGCAGAAUAAUCCGGAGUGGGGCUUACGCUGAUGUUGUGAUCAUUUGAGUUGUCAUGAAGUUUUUCGGAGCCGGAAGAUCAAAAAAUAUAUUACAAGUUUUCAAAAGUGGUUAAAAAAAAAGUUCACAACAGUGAUAAAUAACAGUGUGUUAUUUUUGUGAUUCAUUUUUCGCGCCAAGACUUAAUAAUUAACGCGAAACAGAAAUCACGAGAGCCCAUUGGGCGAGGCUGCUGUUUCAUUUCCUCCGAGUGCCCACGAGAUGGGAAGCACAGACUCACCUGACGACAAUCAUUGCGCCGGUGGUUCAUCCUGUGGACUUGUAAGUUCAUUAUUUCCAACAAUUUGUCGUGGUCGUGCCGAGGCAUUUGCCCGACGUCUUCAUCGCCGAUUGACGUCGCUUAACGGUACUGAUGCUGAGACUAAUUACAAUGAUGACGACGACAACGAAGAAGAUUAUACCAACGACGAAACAUGCAAUGAAAAUAAAAAUUCAAACAAAUCUACGGCGCGAAAUCCUGUAAAAAAUCACGUUUAUCAACGACAGCCGCAUCAUACAUCAGAGUCUGAUCUGUACUUCGACUUUGAUCUCUCACCAGACCUAGAGAACGGUGAUACAGAAAUAGGCUCUCCAGACCAAGUUUUAAACGCUGCAGAGAUCGCCAGUUUAUUGGUCAAUCAUUCAAAUAUUUUAAAAGCGAAAGAUGGCUGUGAUUUUCCAUCUCACCCUGAGCAACCAGAACAUGAAAAUAAUUUAGUGUACUGUGAUCCAGAACCAGGGUGCGGAUUUUCAUCUCCUUUAAACGGCACUCCGUCAGAUGAUCACAAUAACGAAAUUUACUUUGAUCCAGUAAGUUCUGAUAAUGAUAAGACACGUUCUGACUGUUUCUACGAUCCCAUUAAUUCUUCAGAAAGUGAUGUUUGUAAUGCGUCUAACUAUAAAACCAAAUCCGAUUCUCAUAAGCCACCGGGACGUCGAAGAACAGAUUUGCAUAAAUCACAGAAAACUCAAGAUACAUCGGAAUCAAGUUCUUCUGUUAAAAGUAAUCUGCAACAACUGGAUGAACUGAAUAAGAAAUCAGCAGUGACGUAUAGCUCUGAAGAAUCUCUUGAUAAUGCGAGCUCUUUAGACACAACAUCGCCAAGUCACGAGUCUCUUUGGAGCACUUUUGAUGACAGUACUGUGUCACUGGAAAAUGACAGCUUAUCAACUCCCCUACCACCUGAUAUUAUUUCCAAGUCAUAUUCAGACUCAGAACUGACUCCGCGCACGUGUUUACCAGAAAUAAAUGUAGAAUCGGCAUCAUCUAGCGAUGAAGUUGACUGUUUUUAUAAAACUAAUCAUAAUGACGAUAAAAUAAAGCCAUCGGAUUUAAUUUUAAGUUCAAAUGACGUCAGUGCGGCUUCGACGGGUGACAGUUUUUCAACUGACACCAGUUGCAUUGAUAAACCAGACGCUUUGGUCACCGAGUGUCCAUUGGACGGACCAUCGCCAUCGACAACUAAACCUUUAAAUAACGUAGAAAAUUUAGAAAAUAUAUGUGAUGACGUAAACAAUAUCCGAAUACAAGAGACGUCUCAAGACAGUGACACGCUAGUUAAUAAUAAAGACACAGCCAUAAGUCUCGAUAUAAAAGAAAAUGGGGAGGAUGAUGAUAAAAAAGCUGAUGAAGAAGAUGAAGAGGGAAUUGAGCCGCGACCACUUCGAGUAAGACGAUGCUCGUCUCUCAAGACCGGGAAAACACCCCCAGGAACUCCUGGUAGAAAGAAAAUUGUCCGUUUUGCUGAUGCUCUUGGUCUUGAUCUCGCUGAUGUCAGAACAUUUUUAGACGAAAUUCCAAAAGUGCCUAAUUCUGCCUUCUCGGACCUAAGUUAUGAUGAACUUUUCCACAAGGAUUCGAGCCCUGGUUUAUAUGACAGCAGUGCAUCUGAUUACUCUAGAUUGAAUUUAAAUACUUUGAAUAUAAAACCAGUAUCGGGGAGUACGGGAAUGAAGUUUGAUUUGAUGCUGGUACCGCUUUUUCAGCAACCAGGAGGUCUUCCGAAUUUCAUGGAUCUUGUGCGAGAGCGACAGGUGUGUCUGGAGAAUGUUAUUGUACAGGAUCCACUGUCGAUGUGUAUCCAAGGCACCGUACGGGUAAAAAAUCUCGACUUCCAUAAAUCCGUCCACAUAAGAUACACUUUAGAUUCUUGGAAAAGUUACAGCGAUCUACAGGCACUAUAUUUACAAAAUUCAUGUGAUGGGUUUAGUGAUAAAUUUACAUUUCAACUGUACUGUCGUCCUUUGAAAGUUGGCGCGAAACUUGAACUCGCGGUACGAUUUCAGUGUAAGGGUGUUCAGUACUGGGACAAUAACUCAGGUUUUAAUUAUUGCUUCCAAUGUUUACCAACGAGUCAAGCCAUUAAUUACAUACCAAUUACUUCAUCGCAGAACAGCUAUACAAACGAUUGGGCGAUGAAUUUUUACUAAGGCCUAUUUGUUGUAUGAAUAUAGAUUUGAAUAUAUACUUGUUGAUCAUUCAUAUUUUACAUGGCCGUUAAAAAAUAUUUUUUUCAAUGACUAAGAAGAAAAAAUCGACCUAUCGCCUAAGAUAUUUUUGUAUAAAAAGAACAAUAACUGAGUUUUUUACUUCCGAGCGACCGUCUAUUUUAAACUGGAAAAUAAUUAUUUAGUUUUUUUAAAAUUAUUUUUUAGUCAUAUUUUAACUCAUUAAUGAGUGAGGGAAAUAUAAAAAAUAAAAUGAAAAAUUUUUAUUUUUAAGUGUUAUUGGGGUCAAAAAAAAAAACGAUGUAGUCUAAAUGUAGGAUUUCACCUAUUUUUUGUUUUCGAAAUAAUUCUUUGUGAUUUUUUUUUAAAUUUAUUUUUAAGUUGUUUAUUUUAAUGGACGGAAAAAAUAAACUAAUCUUCAGCUACCCACUGGCGAAGCAUUUUUUGUUUUUCGAAAUCUAAUGACGCACUCAAAUAUUAAAAAUUUUUCCAAUAAUUCAAAUUUGAGUAAAAUAUCAAACGGAACAAAUCAAAUAUUUUUAGUCACAAGAAAUUUUUGAAAAACUGAAAAUAGGUGAGAAUAAAAAUAAUUAUAAAAUAUAAAAGUAUAAAAUUUUCGUAUUUGUGUAAAGAAAAAAAUCUGUGUUGAAAAUUUAACACUUUUGUAUGUUGAUUAAAUACACAAUGACAUAGUAAAAAAUUUUUGGUAUUGGUGUACAGAAAAAAGUGUGUUAAAAAUUUUGUGUUAAACAUUUAACACUUUUGUGUGUUAAUUUAACACACUGCUUUUGUGUUGUUUGAUCAGUUUAUUUUUAAAACAAAAAAAUGUUAAUUGAAACAAAAGUAACAUUUACUGUGUUACUUUCCAAACAAGUGUUAACACUUUUAAAAUGUAACUUUAACAUAGAGCGCAUGUUAAUUCAUUAAAGUAACACUGAAAAUGUGUUAAAUUUACCGUAGUCACUUGUUAAGCUUAACAUAAAUUUUUAUGAGUCUCAAAAUAACACAAAUAAAAGUGUUAAAUUAACACUUCUUGUGUUGCAGAUAACAUUUUAAUGUGUUAAAGUUUCAAAAGCGGUAACAGAGAUUGUUAACAUUUUUUUGUUUUAUUUUUUUAACACAAAUAAAAAAUAUUAAAACAACAUAAAAAUUUGUGUAAAAUGUUGUUUUAACACACAGCUUUGUGUUAAUUUUUACAAAAUUUUUUUUACUGUAUAACAUAAUACUUUGAGACCUUUGACAAAAUAAUAAGUAAAUUAAAUUAAAAUUUAUCGCUUAUUAAGUCUUUCGUCGCUUAUCGGAAGUUAUUUUUAAUAUUUAUAAAAAUAUGAAUCACUGUUAUUUAUAUCCACAAUCUCUAUGUAUGUGUAUGAAUUUAGCGAGUAUUUUUUGAACAACAAGCAUAUUUACGAAGGAAUUAAAUAAAUAUUUGUUUAAUCUCUUAUCAUAGAGAUCAAGCUUAAAAAAAACAACACAAUAAUGCAUACCAAGUGUUACAUCACAAGUAUAUCAGUCAUUUACUGUUGAGAGAUAUACAUAUACUUAUACAUAUAAAUAGAAUCGUUAUCAAUUUGUUAGUGAAAUUAAUAUAAUAGUAAUCUACUUCUAAUUAUGUCUAUAAAAAAUUUAUGAUAGUGUUACAUGUUUUAUAGCACGAUGUAGUAAUUAGCGUAAAUAUUUUUUUUUUUUAAUAAUUUGGAUCGUACACAAAAAAAAGAUUUCUUUGCGCAAGAAUUUUUUUUCUUUCCCCAAAAAAUUCUUUCUUUCUGUGUAGUAGAGUAGAAUUACCAUUUGUGGCCACUGUUCCAUUUUUGGACAUUUAACACUUUAUCUAAAUUUUCCAAUUGUCCAAAACUGGGCCUACAGUGGCCAAAAACGGUACCUCUACCCAAUAUUUUUAUAUACAUGCAUAAUUUCUUUGUUCAAUAGAGUUUUCUAGUCUUGUAUUUUUUUUUAAAUUAUAAACCGCAAUAUGUCAAAAAAUACAUAAGCUCAAAUGAAAUUUAAAAUAAUUGUCAAUACUUUAGUGUUAUUACUCAUAAUUAUAAUAUCGUAUUAGGUAAUAAGAUUAAAUAUUUAAUUGUUGAAUUUCUUGUCGUAUAGAUGUAGAGUUUUUUAGAUUAUGUAUAUAUUUCAAUAUGAUUGACAUAUAUUAUCUAUUAUUGUUGUAACCUCGUGACAUUACUUUGUUUCGACAAUCGAUAUCACUUUAUAAUUUUUUAAAAUUAAUUUUAUUAUAACUAUUAAUAAUUAUCUGUAUUUCCGUUAUUCUCGCAAUUGUUAUUUUAUUUUCUAGUUGUUAUUUUAUUUGACAGGGGGGAGGGAUUUGUACCUGAAAAAUUUAUAAGAUAUUAAACAAAAUGUUAAUAAUAAUUGAUUUAAUAACUGAAUUAAAUGAAAUAUUUUUUACACAUAUUAAUUAACUAUCAACAAUAAUUAUAAAUAGCAAUAUUACAACGAAUGUUAAUCCUAAAUUAUGAUAGAUAAGAAAGCCUAUGAAAUAAAGUUAAUUAUUAAGGGGAGAAAUGGGCCUGAGAUAGAAAAAAAGAGGAUAUUUUUGUGAUUUUUUUUACAGAGUACCUUCUUUAUUAAAAUUCUCAAAAUUUGUGACAUUGUUAAAGCUCAUCUCAAGAAUAUUCUGCUAAAUUUUCAUAAAAAAAUAUUGAAAAAUAAGCCAGUGAUAGUGGGGAGAGACGAGUCAGGACGAGGCAGGAUAACUCAUGACUGCUUCAUCUGAAAUAAAAAAACCACAAAGAUUUCUUUACUACAUAAGUUUGAUGGAUUUGAACGAAGGAAUAAACAAAAUAUUCUUUUUUGAAUUUUUGGUAAAGGCGCAAUCAAAAAAUUAUGAUUUUUACCAAAAAUUGCUCCUUUUGUUUAAUUAAAAAAUAAGUAGUCAUUGAAAAAAAAAUCCUGUUCGAAUCCAAGAUAAACUUAUGUACUAAAGAAAUUUUUUUGGUUUUUUUAUUUUAGAUGAAGCAGUCAUGAGUUAUCCUGCCUCGCAUGGAAACUUUUUUUUUAAGGUGACUCGUCUCUCCCCACUACCACUGGCUCAUUUUUCAAUAUUUUUUUAUGAAAAUUUAGGAGAAUAUUCUUGAAGUGAUGCUUACCAAUGUCACAAAUUUUGGGAAUUUUAAUAAAGAAGUUACUCUGUAAAAAAAAUCACAAAAAUAUCUUUUUUUUUUUUUGUAUCUCAGGCCCCUUUGCCCCUUAAGUUAAAAAUAUUAUUAUUAUAAAUGUAUGUUUAUAUGUCUUUAAAAUUGUAUAAAUAUAUAUAAUAAUUGGCUGAAUGAAUCUUUUCGAUGAAAUUAACAUAUGUUAUAAUUAAAGUAGAUAUCACGAGACUGAUAAAAAAUGAAUUGGUAAUGAGAGCGCAUAUUAACUGUAAUGUACAAUUGUAAUAUCUGUAAUUGUCGUACGCUUAUCGAUUAAUAAAUUCAGUGAAAAUAAAUCAGUUUUUUCAGAAAUUUUAUAUUUUUUUUCUUUGACCAGAUAAUUUCUGAUACGUCAUUACGACAGUAGUUAAAUAUAAAAAUUCCACAGUACUUUGAAUAUUUACCACUACAAUAAAUAUAUAUGAAAAAUUUUCUGCCAGGGUCGAUUGUCUCUUAAAAAAUAUUGUUUACAAAUUUGUUUUGUGUUAAACAGCUGGCGAGACGGUCGUAAAUGUUCAAAAAAGGAUAAAUAUUUAACUCGCGGGCAGGCGGCGAGGAAAUUUUUUUAAGUUCUAUUAUAUAAUUGUGAUAAUAAAAAAUUUUCAUAAAUUUAAAGUUC